AUGGAGGAGUUUGUGUCCAAGAGGAGACCACCCUCUCCUGUACCUUCCUGUGUGUCUAUGAAGAGUGACCAGUCCAAGAUGUCAGCAGGGAUUAAUUUUAAAGAAGGGGACUCUUCACCCCAACAGAUGGAGGAGUCUGUCUCUGAGGGGAGACCACCCUCUCCUGUACCCACCUGUGUGUCUAUGAAGAGUGACCAGUCCAAGAUGUCAGCAGGGAUUAAUUUUAAAGAAGGGAACUCUUCACCCCAACAGAUGCAGGUGUCUGUGUCCAAGAGGAGACCACCCUCUCCUGUACCCACCUGUGUGUCUAUGAAGAGUGACCAGUCCAAGAUGUCAGCAGGGAUUAAUUUUAAAGAAGGGGACUCUUCAGCCCAACACUCAAGCCAGCAUACGGAAUUCCACUCUGCUGCAGUCAACCCUUGUGAUCCCCUGAAUACACGGCAGUCCAGUCAAUCAGAUGUCAGACUUCCAGGACAUGGCCAGCUUUAUGAUCACAGACAGCAACGUGAUCAUGUGCAAGAAAUGCUGCAGACCCACAAGUCUCAUCUGCAGAAGAGGUUUCAGUGUCUGAUUGAGGGCAGCAUAGAGCAGGGAAGCUCCACAGAACUGAAUAAGGUCUACACAGAUCUUUACAUCACAAAGGGGGGAAGGGGAAAGGUCAAUGAAGAACACGAGGUCAAUGACAGAUACAGUCACCAGAAAAACAAGUAUAUUCAGAGACAUGAUCAUGAACAUGAAGUCAGACAGCUAGAGGGAGCAUCCUGGAGAGAAGAGAAAUUAGGCAGACCAAUCAAAUGCAGUGACCUCUUUAAACCCGGAUCUGGAAAAGACAUAUCCAUCAGAUCAGUGCUGACUAAGGGAGUGGCUGGCAUUGGAAAAACGGUCUCUGUGCAGAAGUUCAUCCUGGACUGGGCUGAAGGGAAAGCCAAUCAGGAUGUCCACUUCAUAUUUCCUUUUCUUUUCCGGGAGCUGAACCUGAUGAAGGAGAACAAACUCAGUCUGGUGGGUCUUAUCCAGUACUUUUACCCCAAGAUAGAAGCAGAACAAAUACUCACCAGUUCAAAGCACAGAGUGUUGUUCAUCUUUGAUGGUCUGGAUGAGUGUCGACUUCCUCUUCAGUUCAGCCACAGGUCAAAGUGUUGUAAUGUGACAGAGCAGACGGAGCACAACGACUCCAGCGUUGUCGGAGUCGCCCAGGUCCGCGUGGGUUUCACCUCGCCGAACAGCAUACGAGAAUCCUCUUCACAACUUGACUUUUACUCCGUUCUUCCGGCACAAGGAAUGGAACUGGAAACGUGCGACGGCUGUAGAGAGGAGCUGUUUACGGCGGAGUGUAAGUUUAAGGAGAGUGUGUUUGAGAACUACUACGUGAUCUACUCGUCGCUGCUGUACCGGCAGCAGGAGAGCGGCAGGGCCUGGUUCCUCGGGCUCAACAAGGACGGACAGACUAUGAAGGGCAACCGCGUCAAGAAGACCAAGCCCGCCGCACACUUCCUGCCCAAGCCCAUAGAAGUUGCGAUGUAUCGAGAGCCCUCGCUACACGACGUUGGGGAGGUUCCCCCCUCCAAGGCCACUCCUCCCCCUAACCCCGCCCCUAACCCCGCCCCUCCCUCUCAGCCCACCAAGAGCACAAGUGACCCCAUCAUGAUGAACGGCGGCAAGCCAAUCAACAAGCCCGAUAAAGAGACAUAG